GUAGAAUAGUUAGUUAGUUUGAAACGAUAGGAUGUAAACUGAAACUAACAACGAUAUUCAUAUUUCAUCAGCAACUGGCGCCGAUCCAACUGGAGUCUGGACGACACGGGGCCGGGGCCGACACGGGUGCCGGACUCUGACUGUUGCCUUGUUGGCUUGGCUUGGGCUGCAAUAUAUGUAAUUCAGAUCUAGAACUAGUAGGCCUACAUGUACUACUCUAGUACUCAGUACUGGUUAGCUUCAGAAAGCUCAGUGGACGCGAAAGUUAGCUGGAGUGGACCAUAGACUUUUAAAUGUUAUCCACCUCUAUCAAUGGAGUGGACUGGACAUGUUGUUUGACUGCUACUACUAGUAUGGCAUGCGCGAAGUUUGGACACCCCAUCAUACUAGUGUUGCCCCGGGAACCUCGACACGACGUCUUUAGACAGUGUCGAGUGCUACUAUUAUAUUAAGUACUGACUACGGUAGUGAGUUAAACUAAGUAAGUGGAGCAUUUAGAGUAGGUCCAGUGUCAGGCCCAGCUGGAUGAUGGUUGAUACCGCAGCCUAGGCUGUCAGUUUUAUUUCUUCUAGAAUCUACAAGACUACAUUUGCCUGCCUAAAAUGUUUUCUUCAGAGAGCGAUCCUCAUAUGAGUUUUGAUAUUUCUUCGCAAGGGUUACCUGGACUUAGUGGUGGAGAGGACAAGGAAAAAGGAGAAUCAUCAGGUGGUCCAUUUCAAGGAUCUAGGUUCUCGAUGGAGGAGCUAAAAAGAAUGCAGGAGGUUUACAUGACUGAAGCAAAGAGAUUACAAGAAGAGGUCAAUGACCUAGAAGAUGACCUAGAAAGGGAAAACAUGGCUGCUCUGACUAUACCAAGUUCAACUUUAGAUUUAGUUGGGGAUAUACUGAAAAUGAAAAAUGAAGGACAAGAUAUGCUUGGUAUGCAUGAUAUGCAGUCUAGUGUUAGUGGUGUCCAACUGACUGAUGCUACUACGCAUGUAACAAGUAACAAUCCACAGCGUAUCAUCAGGUCACAAAGACUAGAAGGAAACUGCUCUGGUCUUAAGUUUGUUGCAACUUUUCAAGUAGAGGAAACUGUGGUAAAACAAACUGCUGUAGAGCAAGCAAUAGCAGCAGAGGAGGAGACAAGUUCUGAGAUGAAGAAGGCUGUCAUUCAAAAGCUUGACCUGGAAGUAGAUCCUUGUUGCUUGGGUGAAAUGAUGACCUUUCUAUCAGAAGCUGAGAAAGAGUGUGACCUUCAGCCAUUCCUAAGGGGGUAUGCAGAAUAUUCUAGAUGGUACCAACAUAGGGUUAAGAUCUUCUCACAUUUCAAGAAAGAAUAUCCUGAGGUAGUUAGCCUACCUGAUGGUCCGGGUGGAACAGCUCUUCAGAUCAUGUGUCCUCAGCAGAGAGGAAUCAUCUACAAUAUAACAUGGAAUAUAAGUGUAGAAAGGAUGGGUAAAUGUACUCCUGAGAUCAGCUUAUCAAUCAGCUCAGUCAAAGAAGUCUCCAAGUUGGACACCAAGAAGACACUGAACAGAGCUCCGGAAGAAUUUAAGAAGAUGGUGGAUAUGCUUGGAGUAGAGAAAGCAUUGGAUAGUUUCUUGAAAGCUGUUGAUCUGAAGUGAAGUCAUUACAGUUUAAUGAAUGCAGUUGGAAUGAUGCCCAGACAUUGUUAAUACUUAACUGAAAGAAAGGACUUUCAAAGUUUGAUGGACAUACUUUUGAUUGGCAAAGCAGAUAUAUUUUCAUCAAAUCCAGCUUGAACUUACGAAAUGCGUGGUAUUAUUCAAGGUAAAGUGCAACUUUGUCAGCAUUUCAUUUGGUCUCAUCUACAUGCUGCUAUGACACUUAGGGACAGUGAUUUUCCGCGAUCGCGGAAAAUGGACGGAAGUCACAGAAUUGGCACUUUGAAACGGAAAGUGGCUUUUCAAGUGGAAAUAUAUUUUUUCUCAACAUGCACGGAAUAGCAACAGAAAUUACUCCUGAAUCCUCAACGAAAUGCAAAUAUCAACUGGAAAAAACAUGAUCUCACUUCCCUACAACAUUCAUGACAAUCCACACAUCGUAACUGCAUUCAAGCCCCUCCAUCGCUCGAUCGUAUCGAAAUUAGUUUACACUUACAUCCGCAUAAAGGCAGAAACACGGCCGUGUGUUGCUGCCCUCUGUGUACUGUCAUAAGCAUGAUCGUGGUAUAUUCAACAAACCCAAAAUGGCGGAUAGGCAAAAGUCGACUGCUCAAAACGAUGUCCAAAAAUUCCCCAAAUCAGCGAUAAAAUCUCAUUUAACCAUAAAAUAAUGCUAAUAAUAUGAAAGGUGAGGAUGUAUUCAUGUUGACUAGGUUUCUUUAAAUAGUUUUUGUACUUCUUAAUCUCUUCGAUUAAAAUCAAUUUUAAAGCGUUGUUAGUACAGUGGCAGAUACAAAUUUUUAGCAACUUGAGCAUUUUGACAUCGCUACUCAUUGCGUAUUGAUUUUCCAUGUAAACGGAAUUGUCACUUUUUCAUGUACAGAAAGUCUAUGGGGAAACAGAAUUUAAGAUUUUCUGAAAGGAAAAGGCGACUUUUAGAAACGGAAAAUUACUGUCCCUUGACACUUGCACAAUUUUGGUUGCAGCAUUUGCAUGAAUUGAUUGAUGAUACGGGGCAUUAAGUGAGUCAGUGGUUUGUAUCCUGACUAGUUUAACCCUAAAAAGACUGGGGGGGGGGGGGGGGCUGAUUCAGCCCCCCCCCCUCGACAUUUUUCGCGAUAAAUCCGCCACGCGAAAUUUUUUGACCGCGUCGCUCGCUGACUUUUUACCUUCAAGUCUCUCGCAACUUUUGAGACCAAAAUUGUGACCCCCGGGUACGCGGUUCCGAAAUCACGCAACAUUUCGUAAGUGCAUGCAGACCCAAAAUUACUCAAAAACGUGAAUUUGUGUACAAAUCCAAUGCAAAUAGUGUUUUUAACCAAAAUUCAUAAAUGUAUCAUUAUUUUUCCUUUUACUGCUUAAAAUCAAUUAAUUUUAUCUAUUUUAUGGUCGAAAUAAAGUCCCCGACAAUUUCCAUUGAAAAAACAAUAAAAAAAAAAAAGUCGAAAAACACAGAAAUACAUAAGAAAUUUAGAAAACAAUAGAAUACAUAAGAAAAUAAAUGUGAUGUUGAAAUUUUUUAAAAAUAAAUUUGAUCAGAUGCCUAUCUAGAGUAUGUGAAACAAAAAUUAGCAUUUCAGGGGCAUUAUUUUAUUAAUUAGAGCAAACUUAUGAUUUUACGCAUAAAUUAGCAUAAUUAAUGAGACAUGAGAUUUUUUGCAGAAUUUGAUGGUAUAGUUUUGUAGAUAAUGCCAUGGGUAACACGUGUGCCAAUUUUCGUCGCGAUCGCGCGAUCGACGGCCGAGAUCAUAGGGGGGGGGCUGAAUCAGCCCCCCCCCCGUCUUCUUAGGCAUCGAAAUAGCCCAGUCUAUUUAGGGUUAACCCUAAUUCUCCCGGGGGGGGGGGGCCAUAAUGGCCCCCCCCUCGACAAUUUUCGCGAUAUAUCCGCUGCGCAAAUUUUUUUGACCUCGCCGCUCACUGACUUUUUACUUUCAAGUCUCGCGCAAAUUUUGAGACCAAAUUUUUGACGACCGGAUACGCGGUUACGACAUUACGCAACAUUAUGUAAGUGCAUGUCAGACCCAAAAUUGCUCACAAACGUGAUUUCAUGUACAAAUCCAAUGCAAAUUGUGUAUUUAGCCAAAAUUCAUAAAUGUAUCAUUAUUUCUACUUUUACUGAUUGAAUUUAAUUAAUUUUGCCUUGCUUAUGAUCAGAAUUAAGUCUGGAACGAUUUCCAUUGAAAAAACAAUAAAAAAACAAAAAGUAAAAAAAACAAGGAAAUACAUAAGAAAUUCAUAAAACAAUAAAA